UACGUGAAAAUCGCAUAUCUAAUGGGCCACUGACAAACUCAAAAGAAAUAAAAAAGGAAGCUCGAGGCGUUUUCGAUUUCAAAAAAACAGAAAACCAGAACAUUAUUGUCGUGAAGUGGCAUGACAACAGCAUUGUCACCCUGUGCUCAAAUGCAGUAGGCGUAAACCCCCUGCAUAGGGUGAAAAGAUUUUCACGAAAAGAACGGACAAAUAUUCAGGUGUCGCAGCCACAUCUGAUAAACUUGUACAAUGCAAACAUGGGCGGAGUAGACAGAUGUGACCAAAAUUUGAGCCUUUAUAGAAUUUCACUGAGGAGUAAGAAAUGGUAUUUCCCGCUAGUGGCACACUGUAUUGAUGUAGCUCUGCAAAAUGCUUGGCAGUUGCAUAGACAAAGAGGUGGGGACCUUGAUCAGUUAAGGUUCCGAAGACGAGUAGCCACUACGCUAUUAUUACAAAAUAAAAAAAAAGAAACACAUUCGAAAGGUCAUAAGUCAUCUACCGAAGGUUUAGACAUUAGGUUUGAUCGUAUGGAUCAUUUGGUAAUUCCUCAAAAUAAGCAAACACGCUGUGCACAUUGCCAUGAAAAAACAACCACCAGAUGUUCAAAAUGCGACAAAGGACUCCACGUCAAAUGUUUUUUGGUAUACCAUACAAAAAGUGUAUAGUUAAUGUAGGUACCCUUAAGUGCCCAUCGUCCUACAUAUAGGACGCCCAAAAUUUUGUAUAUUUAUCAAAAAAAUAAAUAUUA